AUGCACACCACCAUGACUCGAUUCCUGCCCGUCUUGUACGCCGCGCUCUGGGCGCUGCUCUGCAUCGAUGGAGCCUUCGCACCCGACCCGCCCGCGUUCACACCUGGCCUCGCGACAUCUGCAUCAGCGACGUCAGGACAAGCGUCGAAUACAGCUACGUCGAUUAAUAUCCCACCGUCAGCACCCAUAGGAGGUAUCACGGUGACGCAACCCAUCCAGACGGCGGAUCCGUCGUUCUACAAGAUUGCCAAGGGCGUCGAUGUCACAUUCGGGUGGAACUUCACCUCGGUGCUGCAAUACCCCAAGACGCUCACGGUGCAGGCCUACUGCUCGGAAAAUCUGGUGACUUACGACUUGGCCACCAACCUGCCCGGUACGGCCACGAGCGUGGUGUGGUCCCCUUACAACUACUCGACAAGCGUAGAAUCUUUGAACCCGAACCUGUCGCAGUUGAUCGCGGCGUCGUACCGUCUGCAGAUCUACGACGAGCGCGGCUUGUCAGUCGGCGCUUCUCCGGGAUUGAUGCAGCCCAACACGAAGGUCGAAUUCGCUCUGUACAACCCGCAGGCGUAUACGCCGCUGGCGAGUGGUUGGUCCUGUGCGGCAUGCAGCGGGGCGAGUGGGCUGAGGGCCAUGCACCCGGCGUUUAUUGGGCUGAUCGCGACGGUGGUUAUUGCGGUUGCAUCCGGGUGGGGCUUACUCUCGAGGCAAGCUGGGCUGGGCGGUUUUGCGGAUGACGAGUAG